UGUCCGGGUCGCUCGCCGUUCCCUGAGCAGCCGUUACCGCCCGGUUCUCCACUCACCCUGGGCGCGACACCCGCGUCUGGGACCGGUGCGGCGGCGGGACGUGCUCUCGCGGCGAGCGAGGCUGCAGCAAGACCCGGCGGGGAUAGGGAGGGGUAGGGUGGGACAAGUCUUCCACAGUCACCUCAUCGUCGGUUUCGGGAGGCGGCGGCGGCCGGGGGCAGUGAGCCCGGAGGGGCCUCGGCUGCGGGCCCCGGCAGCGGGGCGGACCCCGCCCCGAGGCAGGACGAUGCCAGUGAAGAAGAAAAGGAAGUCCUCGGGGUCGGCGGCGGCAGCGGCAGAUGAUGCUGGCCUCAAGAAAUGUAAACUCGGCAGCUAUUGCAGAUCACAAGCCUCUGGUAAAGUAAUAAGUGGCGAAGAACAUUUUUCAAGCAAAAAGUGCCUGGCUUGGUUUUAUGAAUAUGCAGGUCCUGAUGAAGUUGUGGGGCCUGAAGGAAUGGAAAAGUUCUGUGAAGACAUUGGUGUUGAGCCUGAAAAUAUUAUUAUGUUAGUUUUAGCCUGGAAACUAGAGGCUGAAAGCAUGGGAUUUUUUACCAAGGAAGAGUGGUUAAAAGGAAUGACUUCAUUACAGUGUGACUGUACAGAAAAAUUACAAAAUAAGUUUGACUUCUUGCGGUCACAAUUGAAUGACAUUUCAUCCUUUAAGAAUAUCUACAGAUAUGCCUUUGAUUUUGCAAGGGAUAAAGACCAGCGAAGUCUUGAUAUUGAUACUGCAAAAUCCAUGUUAGCUCUUCUGCUUGGAAGAACUUGGCCACUGUUUUCAGUGUUUUAUCAAUACCUGGAGCAAUCGAAGUAUAGAGUUAUGAACAAGGAUCAGUGGUACAAUGUGCUAGAGUUCAGCAGAACUGUCCAUGCAGAUCUUAGCAACUAUGAUGAAGACGGUGCAUGGCCUGUACUUCUGGAUGAAUUUGUUGAAUGGCAAAAGGUUCGUCAAGCGUCAUAGCAAGAAUUCAAAAGAAAAUGCAAAAGGUUUUUUCGUGCCCGUCUGUACACAAACUAAUGAGAAAAAAGAUUGCAUUUUCAUCCUUAAGAAAGACUUUUAAAGUAAUUUUUUCCUUUUUUAAGGAAAUUUUCUUGUUACAUGUGAUAUGGGCAUUGAACCACACCUCUUCUGAGACAUGAAAGUUGGAGUUGUUGUUUUGAGUCUUAUGUUUAUAGCAUUUAUUUCAGAACAAUAAAGAUUCAGAUUUGUGACAAUGGCCUAAAA